AUGGUGGAGGUGGUUCUUCACUUGAAUUCACUUCGGAUUGAAUUCUGGCUCAGGAUCUGCUUCUGGACGUGGUUCUUCGAUAAUUGGAUCCGAUUCGACUGGUUUCUGAACUUCUUCUUGAAUUCCAUCGCUUUCAACAUUCAACACCGAUUCAUCCGUUUCUUUAGCACUACCGUUCUGAUCUUCUUCCUCAACCUCAUUCGCUGUUCUAAAGCUGACACCGGAGAAACCGUUGGAGCUGGAAGAACAACUGGAGCCAGUUCAGGUUCAGCACUUUUCUCCGGAGCAACCACUUCUGGUGGAGUAACGAAUGGAGCAACCGGAGAAUCAGCUGAGGAGGAAGGAGGAAGCAGAGGCGGUGUUGAAUUGAAUGCCUUCAUCGCGGCCUUCGUUAAGACCAUUGGUUUUCCAGUUGUACUCAUCGGACUGGCAACUGCUGAAUUGGCAUUAAACUCCUCACGAAUCGAGAGAUCAUCGAUUGACGAUACGCUGUUUUUGGCAGAUGCUGGUGGCGAGAAUAGUUUUUCUGUGACUGAAGAUGUAUCUGGCUUCGACGAGGUUGUAGCAGUCGAAGUGGAUGACGUCGUCCUAUUCCGAGGUCUUGGAGAAAUCAGAGGAUCUGUAUCAGAGAUAGAAGAACGUUUUGUAGACGAAAUCGAUGUUUUUGGCGACAAAAUCUUUGGUGACAGAAUCUUCGGAGAAAUAAUCUUUGGAGACAAGAUCUUGGGCGAUUGGAGUGGAGUUACAGCUGGAGUGACAACUCAUGUUGAUGCAGUCGUUGAUGGAAUUGAUGGAGGAGCCAGGAAUCGUUGUUGCUCAGUUUCACUUGCUUCUCCACUCGAAGACUCUGAUUUCUUGUCGUCGUCAUCAUCUCCUUCAUCGUCUUCCGACGAUUCGAUGAGUACACGUCUCUGUAAAGUCUAUCGAAACAAUUAG